CUCAAAUCGUUAUCAAACGGCUUUUUUGUUUUUAUUCUUUAUUAUUCUACUAUUAUUCUGGAAUUCUGGAUUUAACAGUUCGUCCGUUUUACAACCUCCACAAGAACAAAACGUGACUACGUGAACAGUGAGCACUAUCGUCUUUUACUAAUUAUUUACUAUUGAGUAAUGAGCGACAAGCAUAGUACGAAUAGUAAAUAGUGACAACUCACGAGAUCAACCCAAAAGGUUAAGACUUCGGAGAAGAAACGGAAAAGAAACACGAAGUAUCUCACGAUUUGGCACAGUUUGUAUUUUUGUUAAUCAUCAAUUAUAUUUUUAUAAUGGCCGUGGUUGGAGUAAAGCAUAAAAUUGAAUCUCAAAAUGAAGUUGUUCAACACAUAGAAAAAACAAUGAAAGAAAUUUAUACUAAGCGACCUACAAAUUAUCAGUGGAAACUAAGCGAUUUUGAAAUUGGAACACCACUUGGUCGUGGGAAAUUUGGUCGUGUAUAUCUUGCUCGGGAAAAAAAUACGGAAUAUAUGGUUGCUUUAAAAAUGAUGUUUAAAUCAGAAUUGGUAAAAGAUCAUAUGGAACAUCAAGUGCGACGAGAAAUUGAAAUUCAAACACAUCUUAAUCAUCCCAACAUUCUAAAAAUGCUGACUUAUUUUUGGGAUGAGAAGAAAAUAUAUUUAAUUUUAGAAUUUGCCCAAGAAGGCGAGUUAUUUAAAGUAUUGAACUCACAGCCGCAUAAACGUUUUGAUGAACCAACCGCUGCAUAUUAUUUACGUCAAGUAGCUGAUGCUUUAAGAUAUUGUCAUUCACAAAGUGUUAUUCACAGAGAUAUAAAACCAGAAAAUCUUUUGUUGUUUAGUCAUCAUGUUAUUAAAUUGGCAGAUUUCGGAUGGUCUGUCCAUGCACCAUCGAAAUGUCGAAACACCAUGUGUGGCACUAUUGAUUAUUUACCACCAGAGAUGGUUGACUCUCAAACGUAUAAUGAAUAUGUUGAUAAUUGGUGUUUAGGAGUGCUGUGUUAUGAAUUCUUGUGUGGAUCACCACCAUUUGAAAGCUCAGAACAGGCAGAAACUUUUAGAAAAAUCCGUGCUGUGAUGUAUGGUUUCAAACCUCAUAUGAGUGAGAGCUCUAGAAAUUUAAUUUCAAAGCUUUUGGUUAAAGUUCCAAAGUCUAGAUUACCACUAACUGAUGUAAUUGAACAUCCCUGGAUUAAAAAAAAUAGUGAAAUAUUUACUAAAACUAAACUACAAUUAAAAUAGUUUUAUUAAUAAUUAGUUAUAUUUUUUCUACUAAUAUGUCAUUCUUACAACUUUUUUAAAAGUAAAAUUAUUUUCAAACUUAUUAAUAUUAAUUGUACAUAGAAUAAUAAUAUACAAAUAACUAUAAUAAUAAUAUCUGUCAUUAUUGUAAACAUAAAAAAUGCAUGUUAAUUUUAUUACUACUAUUUUUUUAUAUUAAUUUUUUUUUUAAAUUUCAAAACUUUAAGUAUACAGUAGUCUUGAUGGUCAUUUUUAUUAUUACUUUAAUAGUUCAAUUAAAUUAAAUUGUCCAUUAAAUAUUAAUAUUAUUGAAAUUUUAAUAAAAGUGUAAUGAAAAUAGUAAAUGCAUUUUAAUUUUUACUCGAUUUCUGUUUAAAAUGUUUAAAUAUUUAGUUUUCUAGAUAACAAGGCAAGGCCCUACAUAUGUCGGAUUACCAGGACUUUAAUGUAGGUAUUUAUAAUAUUAUAUUAUAUUAUAAUUAUAUAAUAUGUUAUUUAUAAUAGUUAAGCAUUUUAAUGUAUUUACAACAAUAGUUUAAUUAUCAUAUUCAUCUGUAAUUUAUAUUAAUUACCUAUAGCAAUUUAGUUUUUUUUUUUUUUACUAAUUCUGUAUAGAAAUGUAUGUAAAUUGUACAUUAUUUUAUAUUACUUACCCAAAACAAUUUUAAAGUAUUUAAAUUAUUAAAAUAAAAUCAAUAAUUUGUUUUAAUA